CACACACAAAGCAGUUUUUUAUAGGCAGUGGGUGGCAGCUUAAAACAGAAAGUGAAACUUUACUUCUCGGCCAUUGAAGGAAGCAUGAUGAAGCUAAAAUGACUGAGGUUUAAGGGAAGAAGCCUCAGAAGUUGUUAUUAUAUCAUCAUUCACCAUCAUUCACUUACUCCAUUUUCUGUGUUUGGGCUAUGACCAAAUGAUUUCAGUGUUAGCUGUCAGCCUGUCAAAUAGGUUGGCAUUUUUUUAGUCAUUGACUGGACAUUUCUUUUGCAAUGGUCUCAGUGAGGCUGUUAGUGUUCAUGUUCCUCAGUGUGUCUCUUGCUGGGUCUCAGCCCUCCAAGAGUUCACAGCAGGUGUCAAGUCCUCCUCAUCCCUCUGGAGAACAGUCUCCUUUGGGAGAUGACAAUCUGUCCUUUCCUUGGAGCCGUCUUCGCCUACCAAGAUACAUCAUUCCUCUUCACUACCACCUCCUCCUACACCCCAACCUUACAACUCUCAGUUUCACUGGCACUGUUCAGAUCCAGAUUGAUGUUCAGAACAAUACAAACUGGGUUGUAUUACACAGCAAGGGUCUACAGAUCUCCAAAGCAACAAUUUUAGACCAGAACCUUGCUCAUCUGUCUGAUCAGAUUCUUCCAGUUCUUUACAACCCCUCCCAUGAGCAGAUAGGCAUUUUCUCUCCCAGGGUGCUCAGCAGUGGACAAAAGUAUUUCCUAUGUAUUGAAUUUGAGGCAGAGCUUGCAGAAGGUUUCUAUGGCUUCUAUAUAAGCACCUACAGAACCAGUAAAGGAGAAAUCAGAACCUUAGCGUCAACUCACUUUGAACCAACUAGUGCUAGAAUGGCAUUCCCAUGUUUUGAUGAGCCAAGCUUCAAAGCUAAUUUCUCAGUGCGAAUCAGAAGGAGUCCAGAGUUCAUUUCUCUUUCCAACAUGCCUGUAGUCAAGACAGUGGAAAUAAAUGAUGGGAUUCUUGAGGACCAGUUUGCUGCAAGUGUAAAAAUGAGCACAUACCUUGUAGCAUUUGUUAUUUGUGACUUCAAGUCUGUCACUGCAACAACAUCAUCUGGGGUGAAGGUUUCCAUCUAUGCUGCUCCUGAGAAGUGGCAGCAAACCCACUAUGCCUUGGAGGUUGCUGUCAAAAUGCUAGACUUCUAUGAAGAGUAUUUCAACAUCAACUAUCCUUUACCCAAACAAGAUCUCAUUGCCAUCCCAGACUUCCAGUCUGGUGCGAUGGAGAACUGGGGCCUGACAACCUACAGAGAAACCAGCCUUCUCUUUGACCCCCUCACAUCUUCUGUUUCUGAUAAACUCUGGGUUACCAUGGUGAUUGGCCAUGAACUUGCCCAUCAGUGGUUUGGUAACUUGGUGACGAUGGAGUGGUGGAAUGAUAUCUGGUUGAAUGAGGGAUUUGCCAGAUACAUGGAGUAUAUUUCAGUGGAAGCCACCUAUCCUGACCUCAAAGUGGAGGAGUAUCUUUUGCAUGCUUGCUUUGCAGCAGUUGGCCAUGAUUCAUUGAACUCUUCUCGACCAAUCUCCAGCCCUGCAGAGAACCCCACUCAAAUCAAAGAGAUGUUUGACACAGUGUCCUAUGAAAAAGGAGCUUGUGUCCUGCACAUGCUGCAACAUUUUCUGACAGAUGAGGUAUUUCAGAAUGGGAUAGUACGAUAUCUUCGCAAGUACAGCUAUGGAAAUGCUCAUAACCAGGACUUGUGGGACAGUCUGUCCAAUACAUGCUCAGAGGAGGAAUUCAUGUCUGGCAAACACUGUUACAGCAAAAGUCAGGCUUCUAAGAAUGCAUACCUUUUUGCAGGGGAACAUCUGGACCUGACUGCCAUGAUGAACACUUGGACUCUGCAGAAAGGCAUUCCUCUGGUAACAGUAAGCAGGAAGGGGCCUCGAAUGCUGCUUAGACAGGACAGAUUCUUGAGGACGGUUAUGCCAUCUGACCCUCUGUGGUCCACAUUGCAAAAGGGUUUCCUUUGGCAUAUCCCUUUGACAUACACGACCGAUGCGUCCAGUACCGUCCAUAGACACCUGAUGACAUCACCCACAGACAGUAUACACAUCGGAGAGGAAGUGAACUGGGUGAAGAUUAACUCUGAAAUGACAGGCUAUUAUGUGGUUCAUUAUGAGGAUGGUGGUUGGGAUGUGAUGACUAAACUGCUGAGGGAAAACUGCAGUGCUCUGAGCUACAAAGACAGGACUCACUUGAUACACAAUGCCUUUCAGCUCGUCACGGCAGGCCAUCUGCCACUCAACAAAGCCCUGGACCUGAUCGGUUAUCUUCAGCUGGAGAAACACACAGUCCCACUCCUCCAAGGACUUGGCUAUCUGGAGGCUUUUUACCACAUUAUUGAGAAAAGAGAUGAGAUCAGUUUAACACAAGACCUGGCCAGAUACAUCCUGCAAUUUUUCCAAACUGUCAUUGACCAGCAGACAUGGAGCGACAACGGCUCUGUGUCAGACAGGCGUCUGAGGUCAGAGGUCCUGUCCCUGGCUUGUCACCUGGAUUAUCCUCCCUGUCUGGAGCAAGCAAAUCUGCAUUUCAAAGACUGGCUUCAGUCCAAUGGAACACUCAUCCUGCCCACUGAUGUAGCAGAGACGGUGUAUUCAGUAGGAGCUCAAGAUGAGCAUGGCUGGGCCUCACUCUUAAACACAUACAAGAUUUCCCUAUCUGAAGCACAAAAAGACAAGAUCUUGUUUGCUCUGACCAGCAGCAGAGACACAGAAAAACUCAAAAGUCUGCUGGAGCUGGGUCUGGAGGGCAAGGUGAUCCGAUCACAGGACCUGUCUAGUCUCAUUCUGAUGGUGGCCAGGAACCCAAGGGGGCAUUACCUUGCCUGGAACUUUGUCCAAAAGAACUGGGACAAAUUGGUUCAAAAAUUCCAGUUGGGCUCGUUUUGUAUUAGAAACAUUAUCAUCGGGACCACAGGCCAGUUUUCAUCUCAAGAUGAUCUCACUCAAGUGCAGUCAUUUUUUGAGUCCAUCAAAGAACAGUCCUCUCAGCUGAGAGCUACACAGAUUGCCCUGGACAAUGUGCAAAAAAAUAUUCGGUGGGUUCAGAGGAACUUAGAAACUCUGAGAAACUGGCUGGAUGAGCAGAUGAGGUGAAAGACAGCAGAGAGAGGUGCUGACCAGCACAACCCCCAAACAAAACAAAACAAAGAACAAAAGAAAAAAAGAAACAAAAACAAAACAUUGAAUUGUUAUUUUGAUUUCUCCGUGUGAUUUCUUGUGAAGAUUUCAAUGCUUUAUAUUGCUGAAGAGUUAACAGCUGAAAUUUUGAAGAAGAUCUGUAAAUGACUAGAGAUGUAUUUGUUAAAGAAACAAAAAUCUAAUUGGUACCUGAUACUUGGUGGUGUGUACAGUCUAUGUGUGUACAUUGCAUAUUGUGUCUCUUGUGUGAGUGUGUGUGUGAGAAAGAGAGAGAGAGAGAGAGAGAGAGAGAGAGAGAGAGAGAGAGAGAGAGAGAGAGAGAGAGAGAGAGAGAGUGAGAGUGAAAGUGAUUUAGAUUCAUUCCAAAGUGACACACAAAGGCAGUGUUGAUGGACUCUUCACCAAAAAGACAAUAAAAGGGUUAAUUGUA